CACUUCCCAGGUUUAAUUAUUUAAAAAGGUUUUUCAUUUUUCACUUAAAGUUCGUUGUUAAACAAAUCAAUCUCUAAAAUCCUUAAAAUCAAAUCUUUAUAAUCCCCCACUGAAAACACUAACAUAAUUAAUUUGAAUCAUAUUGAGAUUCGUUUGUUUUACUUUAUUAUUUCUGUAGCGGGUAUCAAGAUAACAUCAGAUCAAACAGGUGGGUUUUAAAAUCCCUGAUGCCAGUGAACGCAUCCGUGACUCCCCGCCUCCUCCUGCUCCUUCACAUCCGGUUCAGUCCAACAUGGCGGCGGCUUGUCUCCGUGUUUUCUUUAUUGACAGACGAUUCUUUGACUCGUUUUUCUGACGGAACGUUUCUUCAGGUGAGAACCGUUUUCACCAUGAACCAGUUGUGGUCCUGAUGGUGGAACAGGUCUGACUGGUGGCCCGGGAGACGACCAUGGAGAAGUUUGGAAUGAGUUUCGGGGGCGGUCCUGGCAGGAAGGAGCUGCUGGACACCAUCGAGUCCCAGAAGAAGCAGCUGGUCCAGUACCAGAGCCGCUUCAAGGACGUGGUCCAGGCCUACAAGAGUCUGCUGAAGGAGAAGGAGGCUCUAGAGGCAAGUCUGAAGGUCCUGACCAUGACCCAGGACCAGGAGCAGAAUCAGGACGCCAUCAUCGUCCGCCCAGACCUUGCUGACGAUGGCUGCUCGUUGCACAGCGAGGACAGCAUGGACACAGCGGUGUCUUUGGACAUGCCCACUGACAUCAGAGGUGACCAGUCUGAAGAAGACCAGGGAGACAUGGGCGGAAAACUCAACUCAACAUCGCUGAGAGCAGAGCUUGAUACCAGCAAUGUAGCAGGAGAGACUCUGCAACAGACCACGCCCCUCCCAAGCGUAGAGGCGGACCGACGAGUGGCCCAGCUGAAGAGCCAACUGAGCACGCUCACCAGCGCUCUCGCCACAGUGACACAGGAGAAGUCUCGGAUGGAGGCAAGUUUCCAGGCCGACAAACGUCAGCUGAAGCAGGAGGUGGACGAGCUGCAGGAGCACCUGGUCGUUGUGACAACGCAGCAGGAGGCGGAGCGUCGUGCCCUUCACCAGCAGCUGGCCGAAAGUCGUGCUCGUAUCAUCACUCAGCAGCACGAGCGGGAGCAGGAGCACGGCGACCACGUCCAGCAGCUGCGAGAGCUGCAGAGGAUCCUGCAGCAGGAACGAGACCUUCGACAGGACGCAGAGCUCCACCUACAGGACGCCAACGGUGCCCUUCUCGUGACAACACAGGCCGUAAACCGGGGGGCGGAGUCCGAGGCUCACCUGAACCAGGUGAGGGAGGAAAGAGAUGAGCUGAAGAGGAGGCUUCAAGUCGCAGAGGCAGACCAGAAGAAACCAGAUCCCAGAGUCGACAAGCUGCAGCAGGAACUGACAGAACUGAAAAAACACUUCCAGAAGCAGAUCCAUAUAGAGACCAGGAAGGCUUGCGAGGCUGAGGAGCGUGCUCGUGAGCGUGCUCAGGCUGCAGAGGUCAGGGUCGCAGGUCUGGAGCAGCGAGUCUCUGAGCUUUCUGAGCUGCUCGGCUCCUGUGAAAAGGUGAGGCAGCGUGACCAGCAGGCUGCUCAGAGACUCCGAGACCGGAUCCUGCAGCUGGACACUGAGAACAAAACACUGGCCAUCGCCGCUUCCAGCAGGUCGACCUCUGACCUCGGUGUGGACGAGUCACAGCUGGACGUCAAUGCGCUGAAGGAGAAGCUGGAAAAGGUCAAGAAGUUGCUGCUGUUGGCGGCUCAGAGGAACCCGAACCAGAACAUCCUGGACCUGACACAAACUGAGGAAGAGCCGGGCAGCGACAGAGCGUCAAUGCUUGUUUACCAGCUGGAGCUGCGGCAGCUGAAGGACGAGUUUGAGCGCUACAAGCUGCGAGCACAGGUGGUGCUGAAGAACAAAAACACCAAAGAUGGCUGCCAGGCCAAAGAGCUGGAGGAGGUCCGGGACCAGCUGUCAGAGCUAAAGGAGAAGUACAUCAACCUGAGGAUACAGAGCGACGAGGCCAAAGCCCAACACUGCCGCGAGCUGGCGGAGCGGCAGCAGGCGGCAGCAGCACUGCAGCAGAGCCACAAACAGGAAGUGGAGCGGGCAGUGGUGGUGCAUCGGGAUGAGCUGCUGCGACUGGAGGCAGAGUUGCACAAGCAGAGGGAGAGGACCAUGGCGCUGCUGGACGAGAAGGACAAGGAGCUUGAGAGGCUGAGGGCUGCUGCUGCCCUCGGCCGCAGCAAUGACUCCUUCGAGGUAAACGAUGAUAGGCAAGAGCCUGAGUCCGAGGGUGAAAUCACCGGCCAAGCCUUGCAGCGAGUUGCGCCAGCUGAGCCCACGCUGCUGCUGUAUGCUGAACAGCUGGCCAGGAAAGAUGUGGAGGUUGGUGGCCUGCGACGGCAAAAACACCGACUGGAGGAGGACAUCCACCAGCUGCAGGCCAGGCUCAUCGCUAAUGGAGAACGACAUGACGAGGAGGUGACGGAACUGCGAGGACAUGUCGACAAGCUGAUCCGAGACCAGGGCAGAGAGGGCGCCAACAUGGAGUACCUGAAGAACGUCGUCUACAAGUUCCUGACGCUGCAGGAUGCCAGCGGGAGGCAUCAGACACUCACCGCCAUCUUGACCAUCCUGCACUUCAGCCCGCAGGAAAAACACCACGUCCUCAGGCUGCAGGGGGUAACGUGGUGGACCAACAAGAGAAAAUAAAACACCUGAAGAAGAAAUAAUCAAUCAUCUGCUUGUAAUUUUUUUUCUCUGUGACGAAGGGAAAGCUCCCAACAGUUUAUACUCAGAAUCUUUUUGACCCUCGUUUGAUGCCACAGAUUUUUCACUUCCUGGAUGAUUCAAAGUUUGCUUUAAAUUCUGCUGUCGAACUGAACAUACAUGAGUAUUAGAACAUGUAUGAUGACAUCACUGAUACAUAUCUCUGCUCUUAAAAAUCAUUGAUUUGUAUAUUUUUGAUUCUCUUGGUGAAAUUAAAAUAUUUUUCCUCCUUCA